AUGGGUGAUCUUCAUUCUAAUUUAUUGAAAGAAAUCAAAAAAAGUAAAUUACAUCAUUCUUUUGUUUUUUAUUCUUUUUUUGUAGGUAUUCAAUUGAAUAAUCGUAAAAAAGAAGAAAAGAAAGCAAUUGUGACAACUAAAACAAGUUCUCUUAAUGUUACAUCAAUUAUGGAACAAGCAGCAAAAUAUCGUCGUAAUAAAAUCCGUCCACAAUCUGAAUUCGACAAUGAAGAUGAAUCAUCACGUUGA